CCCCCCUAGGAAUCGCGGCUGACCCCGGAAGAACAGAGACUCUUCUAACUCUACGUAGCCUUCUAACAAAGAAAAAUAUUUUAAGAAUAGUGGCGGCGGAAUUUAAUAAUUUGUGGAACCCGACCAUCACUGAACCAAAAUCAUCGGUAGCCCCUAUAAUCUUUAUUAGUGUAGAUGCUAAAAUAGAGUUUACAGCCAACAACAACACCGUCUCAUCACUAUCACGCUGGAAGGCCUUUCAACGCUGGAAGUUUAACCAUAACCAACGUUCAAUGAAAGUGGUCGUAACCGUGUUUUAUGAGGCUCUGUGCCCGGACUCCAAGUAUUUUCUUACUAAGCAGCUUCUUCCAACUUUCAAGGUUGCUGAAGCAUUUAUGGAGGUACAACUUGCACCUUAUGGAAAGGCAAGAAAAAAAGAAUUAAAUGGCAAAAUUACUUUCGAUUGUCAACACGGACCUACCGAAUGCCAAGCUAACAUUUACCACGCAUGCGCAACAAAGAUCAUUGAAGACCCACUCCUGCGACUACAAGUUGUAACAUGUAUGAUUGGAGACAAUCGUGUUCCUCAAGAUGCUAUGCAUAAGUGCGCAAAACAACACAAUAUAGACUAUACGCUCAUUCAAAAAUGUUUCGGCAGUAACCAAGGCCUGGAUUUGCUUAAAAUGAACGGAGAAGCCACACACGCACUAAGGCCUCCUGUAACAUUUAUUCCUACAAUCACAAUAGACGGGUCCCAAGGUAGACAAGCGUCUAUUUUAAAAGACUUGUUUUCUGAGUGCGCAAAACAAAACAAUAUAGACUAUACGCUCAUUCAAAAAUGUUUCGGCAGUAACCAAGGCCUGGAUUUGCUUAAAAUGAACGGAGAAGCCACACACGCACUAAGGCCUCCUGUAACAUUUAUUCCUACAAUCACAAUAGACGGGUCCCAAGGUAGACAAGCGUCUAUUUUAAAAGACUUGUUUUCUGAGUGCGCAAAACAACACAAUAUAGACUAUACGCUCAUUCAAAAAUGUUUCGGCAGUAACCAAGGCCUGGAUUUGCUUAAAAUGAACGGAGAAGCCACACACGCACUAAGGCCUCCUGUAACAUUUAUUCCUACAAUCACAAUAGACGGGUCCCAAGGUAGACAAGCGUCUAUUUUAAAAGACUUGUUUUCUGAGGUAUGCAAAGCUGUCAGUGAUUUAGAGGAAGCCAAAAAUAUAUGCGAGUUACAAAAACUUUAACUCACUAAACAUAUAAUAUUUAUUGUUGAAUUUGAAUGUUUAGCUAAAUAAACAAUUUUACAUAUUUUAA